AUGCAAGGGAUUUUAAAAAUGAAUAUCUCUUCUAAUGAUAAAUCAUUAGACAGUCUUGUUAAUAAAAUAAAGAAUAAAUAUUAUGACCUUGAUCAAAUUGUAUAUUGUAGUAAUAUUUUUCUUUCUAAUAAAUUUGAUAGGAGCUUGUAUAUGAUAAGAAAGUUUUUGAAAGCUCAAGAACUAAACUAUCUCUAUGAUAUGAGUUCUUUUGAGUUUAAAGAGCAUGAUGUUAUAAAUAUAAAUAUUAUAUUUAAUUUAAUGGAAACUUAUUUAGAGUCUGAUGAUUAUUAUGGUGAUUUUCUAGAGGAAUAUGAGAUUUUUAGAGAGUUUUACGAACUAAUAAAUUAUAAGUUUGAUGAUAUUAUCUACAAUAGUGAUAGUGAUUAAUUUAAUCUUAUAACAUUUUUUUUGUUAUAAGAUUACUACUUUACUAAAUAUAUCCAUAGAUUUAUAACAAUCUAUUUUAUUAAAUAAAUUGUUAGCUAUAUCUAUAAAUUUUUUAUCAGAAGAAUUUCUAACUGAAUCUUCGUAGUAAUAUGCUUCGUAAAUAAAUGAAGAUAUAGCUGGAAAUUCUUCAUGAAAAAAACAUUCACUAUCUAUUAGCUUAGUUUUUUUGAAUUUAUUUACACUUUCUUCUAUUUUAUUAAGAGUAUUAAUAUCUCUAUAAAAAGAAGGUGUGUAAUGAUAAGAAGAAAUAUUAGGUAAUUUAAUAUAAAAAGGUUUGAUAUUUUUUUCAAUAGUUUUUAGUUCAUUAUAAACUUUUUUUGAAGGAUAAACAAUAUUCCAUUUUUUAAACAUCAUUCAUUAGAUUUUUUUUGUUUUUAAAUUAACUUAAAAAAAUAUAGUUAUUAAAUAAAAAUGAUUAUAUGCUGCCCUGAAAUGAAUGAACUUAUUAUAAAAUCAAACUGGGAAAUUAAGCCUUUUGAUUUAAAAUUAAUUAAUAAUUUAACAAGAAAUCAUCCUUAUCAAAGAAUUAUGUUUUCUAUAUAUAAAUACUAUGAUCUUUAUGAUGAUGAAUCAGAAGGUGAAAUAUUAGACGAAAUUGACUAUUUUAAGUUAUUAGAUAGAUAUUAUAGAUAUGGAAUUACUUUUGAAGAUGAUGAUCUUUAUCCUAAAAAUAAAAUAUUAUAUGAAAAAAAUGUUAAAUUUUUACUUGGUCUUAAAUUUAAAGAUGGUGAUAUUUUUCCUGAAUUACUUGGAGUUGAUUUUGAAGAUGAUAAUAUUUUUCCUGAAUUAUUAUAUGUAUAUGAAGAUUUUGAUGAAACACCUCCAUUUAGACAUAUAAUAAGAAAUAGAUAUAUCUUAAGACAACUUUUAUACAACGAUGUAAAAAAAAAUUAACCUAGAUGAUUUAGAUAAAGGACCAAUAACUCUUUCAGAAAUAGAAAAGUGGAAAAGAAAGGUAGUUAAUCAACAAACAGAUAAAAAGAAAAAAUUACAGUUUUUAGAUCCAAAUAUUUAUCAUAGUUUAAUUACUUUUGUUGUUUUUUCUAAAUUUGAAGGAAGACCUAAUAAUAAGAUUGAUUAUGAUUUGAGUUGGGAUGGAAUUCCAGGAGUUGAUAGAAAACUUAAUAAUUAUAAAGAUAAAUAUAAACAUAUGAAAAUUAUCUAAUCAAAUAAUAAAAUGACUUCCAAAAAAGAUAUUCCUACAAAGGAAGAUUUGGAUUUUAUAGUUGAUGAUGGAUAUAAUCAUGAUGAGGAUCCAGAUUAUAAUCCAAAAGAUUCAUAUCAAUCUGAUGAUGAUAAAUAUGUUGUUACUGGUAAAGAUUUCAAAAAGUUAACCAAAAAUGCUAUAAAACUUGGUGCACAAUCUCUUGAUUACUCUAGACAUAAAAAUAAUAAAUAUAUGGCAACACUUCCUAGUGGAAAGAAAGUUCAUUUUGGUUCACCAAAUUAUCCAGAUUAUACUAUUCACCAAGACAAAGAUAGACGAGAUAGAUAUCUUGCUAGAGCUAAAAAAAAAUUAAAAAUAAGCAGGGGGAGUUAACUUAUACUAAUCCUGAAUCGAGUAAUUUCUGGUCUGUCCAUUUACUCUGGCCAGAAAAAAAGAUUUAAAGAUUAACUAAAUAUUAAUAAAAUGAUGUUAUCAAGUUACGAAAAUCUUACAACCGACAAUAUUAUCUUUAAUGAAGCUAAAGAGUUCAAAGUGGAAGAUAGCAAGAUCAAAUACAAACGUAUCCCAAUUGAAGUCAAAUAUCCAAAUAGAAAGAAAGGAGCUUUGGUAGUUGAAACUCCAGUUCUUUUUAGCUUUGGUGUAAGCGAAAAGAAAAAUCAAGAAACAAACAAGUUAAUAGGUUAUAGUAUGCCUGUAUGUCUUUGGGCUAAAGAUAGUGAGCCAAAUAGUAAAGAAAAAGCAUUUUUUGAUGUUAUUAAUAAUGUAACAACUUUCUCUCAGCAACAUUUAGAGAAUGAAUACGGUGCAGAUCUAGCAUCAACUCUAUCUUCACCAUUUUAUUUCAAACAAGAAGAAUAUACAGAUAAGAAAGGAAAGAAAAAAACAAGAAUAGACCCCUCAUCCGCACCAGUUCUUUACGCAAAACUGAUUUACUCAGAAAAAUCUAAGAAAAUUCUUUCACUAUUUAAAACAAAGGGAAAGAAAGAUUUAAAUCCUUUUAAAUAUAUUGAUCAGUACUGCAAUGUUAAAAUGGCACUUAUAAUAGAAGGAAUCUUUAUAAGUAAAACUGUAACAUCUUUACAAAUAAAAGUACAUGAGUGCUUUGUCAAACCAUUAAAACCUAAGGAGUCUUUACUAACAAAUGAAGAGGAAGAUGAAGAGGAAGAUGAAGAGGUUACUGAGCAAGUAGUUGAAGACUUUGUUAUUUCUGAUAAAGAAGAAACUGAGUAA